CAUGUACCGCCCCGACUUCGUCUUACUUCGGCCAGAAAACAAUUUGGCGGAGUCAAGCAUGCGACGGCGGCGCCUAAUGCCCAACAUUUGAAUAUAGUCAAUGAAUAACGCUACUAAUCAUUGCUUUUGAUAACAUUUUCCCCCAGCAAAAACAGACGGAAGGAAGCACCCACAGCCGCCCCUCCCAGACCAGUUUGUGUGGCGUUUAGCUUGCUAGCUAGCUUGCUAACGUUAGCAGCCCUGCAGCAGUCUUUAGCUUUCAACAAGCUGGACGCGAUGUCGUUGGUGGACCUGGGCAAGCGUCUGCUGGAGGCGGCACGGAAAGGUCAGGAUGACGAGGUCAGAAACCUGAUGGCAAAUGGAGCUCCAUUCACUACUGACUGGCUCGGGACGUCCCCCCUCCACCUGGCCGCCCAGCACGGCCAUUACUCCACGGCGGACGUCCUGCUGCGAGCUGGCGUCAGUCGCGAUGCGCGCACCAAGGUGGACAGGACGCCUUUGCACAUGGCUGCAGCUGAGGGACACACCAUCAUCGUGGAGCUGCUGGUUCGAAGCGGCGCAGACAUCAACGCCAAAGACAUGCUGAAGAUGACAGCGCUGCACUGGGCGGCGCAGCACGGACAUCACAGUGUGGUAGAGACCCUCAUCAAGCACGGAGCUGAUGUGCACGCGCUCAGUAAGUUCGACAAGACGCCAUUCGACAUUGCCGUCGAUAUCCAAAACACCGAAUUGAUGCUGCUUCUGCAGGAGGGCAUGCAGAACCAAGUGAACAUGAACCAGGUGAGUGUGAAUGUGGAGUCCGGCAACACCACCAACCAGCCACAGUUCAUCAUCCAGGGCAUACCUGCCAUCCAGGGUGGCGUGGUCAAUUUGGCCGACUUGCUCAACAAGGCCAACACAGAGUCUGAAGAAGCGAUGGCUGCCAACGCUUUGGAUUCCAACAUCCAGCAUGCCACGGUUGUCAACGAAGGAGGUCAGAGAGUCAUCACCAUUGUAACAGACCAACAUGGCAAUCUGCAAACCACCGGGGGGAUGACGCAGCCUUUCUUUGUCACUAUGCAGCAUGGACAGCAAAUGCUAGCAGUUCCUGCCAACACCGUGACUGAGGAAGUGGUGGCGGAGGAGUCUCAGGCUCCGCCCUCCAGGAAGAGAAAGUUGGAAGUGGCUAACAAUCACAACGACACAGGAGAAACGGAGCUGCUACAGAGGCAGUUGCAGGAGGCUAACAGGAAGGCACAGGAGUAUCGACAGCAGCUUCUGCGCAAGGAGCAGGAGGCUGAGGAGUACCGCGUCAAGUUGGAGGCAAUGUCCCAGAGCCAGGCAAAUGGCACUGCCACCAACGCCGCCAUGGCCGUGAGCCCAGAGGAGGUGGUUGGCGGUGAGGAUGAGGAAGACACGACGACAACAACGACAGCGGCAACAGCGGGCGGUGUGGAGGAGGGAGAGAUGGUGGGUAUCAUCAUGGAGGGGGAGGAGGGUCAGGUGACACUGGUGGAGACUGGAGGAGAGCCCACGGGGGUCAGCUCGUAACAGACAGAGCUUUGACAAGGGAACGAAGGCUUUUGGCAAGUGAUAACGAAACGUGUCAAAGACGGACAACGACAACAGCAAGAUGGGGUGAUUACGGACUGACAUGAUGCCGUCCUUUCGGCGCCGCCAUGUCCAUCAGAAAUAAUCUCCAUGCUAAGUUAGCGCUAAACUUUCUGUUUCACAACUUUAUAUCACUAUGCUUUCAAAACUUCCUGUUCCAUUAACCUCACUUGUGCUUUUGUAGCGCUCGUCUAUCACUCAAAUCCUUACUUUUGAAUGUGUUGGCGGAUGGAACAAGCCCACUUUGUGUCCUUUUUGUGUUUUCCAAAAGUCAAGCGGAAAUCCCAAGCGUCACCGUGGACUUUGCAAUGGGAAUCUUUUGGGAUAAAAGUACCUCACUCAACUCUGCGUUUUGUUGACAUGCUGAUAGAAAACUGUGAAUCUGGAAGGAACCUAAAUCCUUCAGUUAUUUGCACCAUGUCAGAACGCCUGAUUGUUUUUGUUUGGAAUCAGAUUUGGAACCUUUAGGGAAACCAGCAGGAACAUUUAAGCAGUUACUGAAAAUGUGUCCAUUGAACUGAUCAGUGAACAUUUGUUGUAAAACAAUCAUGAUUUAAAAAAAAAAAUCUGCAUUCCACCGUGUCUUUUACAGUUUUCAAACUCCAUUCUUCAAGUCUUCUUACAAGUAUCAAAAUGUGCAAAAGACAGAUAGAAAAAAAAAAAGAGGUUUAAAAGUACAUGAACGAAAAAAUAACUGAUUCAAAUGCAAUGUUUUGUCCCUCCUGGACUACCUGUGAUAUGCCUGCUGCGCCUUCCCUCCUUUAUUCAAUUUUCAUAGUUUGUUUGGCAGCAUUUGUGUCUGUUGUUUUUUAUGAACUCAACCCUUUUUCUAUGUGUAUAUAAAAGUUGUAUUUUUUUAACUGUAUCUGGCUGCUUCACCAUGAUAGCAAUGCUAACCUGAUAUAUAAACAACUGUUAACGUCA